CACCAUGAUGAGAGGACUGGCUCUUUUGGUUCUUCUAAGAACACUGUACCCGAUUGAAGCUGCAGAGGUUCCUGGACAGGUCUCUUUGACUGUGGCUGAACUUGGUGGAAAUGUGACAUUUCAGUGUCCAGUUUCUAUGACAGAAAAUAAAGUAUUUAACUGGUACAAGCAGCCUCUUGGAUGUACGAUCCAAACUGUUGCUACAAGAAUUUAUUCUCAACAAACACUUAGUCCACAAUUUAACAACCAACGUUUCAGAGUCACAGCAGGAGAGACUCAGCAUUCUUUGACCAUCAUGAAUAUCAGCAAAGAGGACGAAGCAACAUACUUCUGUUUCACUGGAUCAUCGUAUUCACAUCGUUUCGUUAAUGGCACCUUCUUGGAUGUGAAAGAUGGAGGUCUGCAGAAAUCCUUCUACGUGGAACAAAGUCCGGAGGCUGAGUCCGUCCUGCCGGGCGACUCGGUGACCCUCCAGUGUUCUCUGGUCUCCAGGGACAAAGACGACGGGGUCCAGUGUCCACAUGGACGCAGCGUGUUCUGGUUCAGAUCUGGAUCAGGAGGAUCCCAUCCAGGCUUCAUUUACACUCAGGAUACACAACCGGGGAACACAAGUUGUGUCUACCGUCUGUCCAAAAGGAUCCAGAACUCCUCUGAUGCUGGGACUUACCACUGUGCCGUGGCCUCAUGUGGAGAGAUCCUGUUUGGUGGAGGAACCAGAGUGGACACAAGUACGUUUUAA